UUUGUCGGUCGUCAAUUUUAAGGACAACUUUUUGGCAAGGCAAUGUACCUCCGCUUAAUCGCUUAUGAAAGUGAAAGAGUCAGGACAUGGAGUUUUGCACAAAAUACAAAGAUUGGAGACAUCAAGUGUGACUGAAAAUCCAUCGCCGUGGAAUUGAAGUAUAGUGAUGAGAAGAAUCCCGUUUCUGCUACUGAAACAACGACCUUCACUUUCAACCAUUUCAAAAAUCUCCCUUUCCUUUCCCCUUCCUCAGCCCCUCCAAACACAAUCCCCACCUUCACAUUCAUUCCUUCGCUCCUUCAAAUCCCUACCUCUCCCUCCCCCAGAACUCGUCGAACCCUAUUGCGACCUCUCCGACGUCGUUUCCUCAAAACAAAACCUCCAACCUUCCCCAUGGUUCACUCAAAUCCUCAACCUCCUCGACAAUUCCCCAACAAUGGAAUUAAAUCUCAACUCCUUCUGCCAACAAUUCCUCAUCACACUCUCUCCUUCCUUCGUCGCUCACACUCUCCGCUCCCUCAACAACCAUCACACCGCCCUCCGUUUCUUCAAUUGGGCUUCCAACCAAAACAACUAUUCUCAUUCCCUCGAUUGCUACGUUUCCCUCAUUAACCUCCUCCUCUCUCCCUCCGCUACUACCACCACCACAACCGCAGCCGCUUUAAAUAUAUUCGCCGAAUUACGACAUAACCGCCUCCCGCUUACUCCCCCGGCUGCCAACUCCCUAAUCAAAAGCUUCGGUAACGCCGGCUUAGUCGAAGAGCUUUUAUCAGUUUGGCGUGGAAUGAACGAACAAAACAUCCAACCCACUCUGUUCACUUAUAAUUCGCUUCUUAACGGACUCGUUGGUUCCUCUCUUGUCGAAUCAGCAGAGCGUGUUUUCGACGCCAUGAAAGAAGGAAGAACAAAGCCUGAUGUUGUAACCUACAAUACUUUGAUUAAAGGUUAUUGUAAAGUGGGGAAAACGCGCAAGGCGAUUGAGAUGGUUCGUGAAAUGGAGGUAAUUAAUUUGGAGCCUGAUGUUGUUACUUAUUUGACAAUAAUGCAGGCUUGUUAUGUUGAAGGUGAUUUUGAUUGUUGUUUGAGUCUUUACCAUGAGAUGGAGGAUAAAGGAUUAGAGGUUCCUUCUCAUGGUUAUAGUUUGGUGAUUUGUGGACUUUGUAAAAUGGGGAAGGUUUUGGAAGCUUAUGCUUUGUUUGAGAAUAUGAUUAGGAAUGGUUGUAAGGGUAAUAAAGCUGUUUACACUGCUCUGAUUGAUUGUUAUGGGAAGAGUGGGAAUUCUGAUGGUGCUUUGAGGUUGCUUGAGAGGAUGAAAAUGGAUGGGAUUGAAUCUGAUGAGGUUACUUAUGGUGCUAUUGUUAAUGGAUUGUGUAAGAGUGGGAGAGUCGAGGAAGCUUUGUGUUAUUUUCAGUUUUGUAAUGAGAAUGGUAUUGUUGUUAAUGCUGUGUUUUAUUCGAGUUUGAUAGAUGGACUUGGUAAGGCAGGGAGGGUUGAUGAAGCUGAGAAGGUGUUUGAUGAAAUGUCUGUGAAGGGAUGUCCGCCAGAUUCCUAUUGCUAUAAUGCGCUCAUAGAUGGAUUGUGUAAAUGUGGGAGGAUUGAUGAUGCUCUUGCAUUGUUUAAGAGGAUGGAGUGCGAUGGUUGUGAGCAGACUGUGUAUACAUUUACUAUAUUCAUUAGUGAGCUUUUCAGGGAGCGUAGGAAUGAAGAGGCAAUGAAGAUGUGGGAUUUGAUGAUUGACAAAGGGAUAACGCCGAAUGUAGCUUGUUUCAGGGCUCUUUCGAUUGGAUUGUGUCUUUCGGGUAAGGUUGCAAGGGCUUGUAAAGUGUUGGACGAGCUUGCACCUAUGGGGGUUGUUCUUGAAAUGGCUUAUGAAGAUAUGAUUGGAGCGCUGUGUAAAGCUGGACGAGUGAAGGAGGCUUGUAAAUUGGCUGAUGGAAUUGUGGACAGGGGUAGAGAAAUACCUGGGAAAGUUAGGACUGUGAUGAUUCAUUCCUUGAGGAAAGCUGGGAAUGCUGAUUUGGCUAUCAAAUUGAUGCAUAGUAAGAUUGGUAUUGGGUAUGAACGAAUGAGGAGUGUUAAAAAGAGAGUCAAGUUUCAAACCCUUCUUGACAAUUGAUUCUAUUAUUUUUGGUAGAUAUAUCAUGUGGCACUUGAAAACUGGUAAUGGCCAAAGCCAGUUAUAGUUUGAAUGUGUUGGAGAUAGUUAACUUCAAGAUGCAGUUAUUACCCCAAAUGUCGAAUUAUUUAUAUACUGGACAAGAAUAGAAAUAGUAAUAAUUCAUAGGUGCUUAUAAUCAAACCAUUGCUGCACUAGUCUGAAUGAUGUGAUUCCAAAUGUUGUACAAUUAUAAAUUAUUGUUAUUAUUCAUAAAACAAAACAUAGUUUGUAGUGGUCUAAUUGAUUACGUACCAUGUCUAAUACACAGGAGUCAUUAACCUGUUGGUAUAUUUGGACAUGAAUAUGUAGGGGGAAAAAUACCUCCAUUUCGCGAACCAUCAGGCUUCAUAUAUAUGUCUUUCUUACCAGUUCCUAUGUGCUGUACGGGGGAAUUUCCCGUAUUGAAUUUGAACGAAAUGGCAGUUUUUUUAACUUGAA